GCGCGCACGGGAGGACCAAGGAAAGCCGGUUGCGCGCUCCGGUAGGCGCAGGAUGGCUGCAUUGGAAAGACCCCGUGAAACCCCCGUUAAUGUUGUUUAAAAGACCGGGGGGGGGGUGUUCUGCUAUCCAGGAAUUCCUGCAGAUGCUGAUGCUUUUAAACAAGUUUGCCCGAGCCUUACAUGCCGCAUGCCUGUUUAUUCACCCUAAAAGAUGCGUGGCGGUGAAAGGAUGUGAGUUUCCUCAAUAUGCAGUCAUUGGUAUAUAGAGAGAAGAGAAGCGGAGAGAGUAGACAGCCCUGGGCGGCUCCUGUGCUAAUUGGACAGGAUAUGGUGUGCUUUUGUUUCUUUCACAGUUAUGCAAAGCCAGAACAAACUAUGGCAAACUACAAGGCAAAGGAAGAAAAGGAUGUGGUCAAAUACUUUAGUGACGUUAACUUCCCUCUCUGAGGAGAAGGGGAAGCCACUCUGUACCUUCUCUCCAGCUACCCCAGCAGCAUAAUGGAGUAUCUUCGAUCACUUUUUGGGAGCCUGCAACAGGCUUUGGAUUUUGUUUCCUCGUUCACUACUUAUCUUUUUGGAAAUGAACCUCAUCCAGGAGCAGAAGAGGCAGGAAGUGAAAGGGAGAUGAAGAACUGCAGAAGCCACCAUGAUUCUGAAGUGGAGACAACAUACUCCGGGGAUGUUUCUCCAAGGGAGCAAUUGAAGGUCACUGAAGAUCCUUUCACAGCGGAGAUAACCCCAUUCAGUCAGGAGAUCCAAGGAACAUCAGAAACUGCAGUUACUGGUGAUCAGGCAAUGGAGUCCUUUCUCAGAUCUUCCAAAUUUCCCAACAGAUGUGAGGGACAGGAAGAAUCUGGACAAAAGUUCUCAGUGUCUUCUGUGUGUCUCAGUGAUACCCCCGAACUAGAAUCAACAACACCUAUGACAGACAUCAUCCAACAGGCACCCUUGGAGGCACCAACCAUGACCGGGAGACUCUGUCAAAGAAAAUCUGAAGAAUCUGCUUUGGUGGAAGUUGCACAGGAAGACAUGAUAGAAGAAUUGGCAGAUGCAGUUUGUAGUCAAUAUUGCAGUCAAUUGAAGCCAGAUGAACCUUUGGCAGAAAGAAGAGAACUUGGGCAAAUGGAAGAGGCAGGAGAGACAGGGAUGAGUCAUGAAGCAGAACAAGACAGAAAUGUAUUAGCUGAAGGGAUUGAGCAAGGAGCACCAAACUGGGCAGCAUCUGUAGAACAAAAAAGAGGGCCUGAAGGGGCAAGGUGGACUGGAGAGAUCGUUCAAGGUAGUAUGGAAGAGAGGGCUGAGAUUAUGGAUAAUCAACAAUUAGAAGUUGAGCCGGAACAAAGAAAGGUAGGUGAGAAAGCGCAGGGAGAGAUAAAUACAGCAGCACUAAACCAGGCAGAGGAUAAGGUGCUUGAAGAAGAAAGAACAGUUGGAAGAAGUCAACUGUGGGAUGAAGAAGCAGAAAAAAUUGCAGAAGAUCAGGAGAAAGAGUUGGAAAAUAGGUUGUGGAAUGAGGGAAUUCAGCAAAAGCCCCUAGACUUGACACAGGAUAGAGAGGAAAAGCAGAGAGGACAAGAAGAUGCAACAUGGAGUAGGGGGACUCAGCAAGAUAGAUUGGAGGAGAUGGCUAAGAUGGCAAGAGACCAGCAGUUAAAUGUUGAAAAGGAACAGGGAGAAGAUAUAAGACUGGAUGGGAACGAACAGGUAAAAACAAGUGUGACAGCAGAAAUCGAAAGAGACCAGGUGAAGAUGUUAGAAGAGAAAGGGAAAGAUGAGAGAAGCUGGAAUUUGGAAGAAUGUUUAGGAGGAGCUGAAGAGGGGAAGGAGAGAAAGCUGGAUGAAAAGGAAAGAGAACUAGAGGGAGUCACCUGGACUAAUGAACUUCAGUAUGAUGCACUAAAUGUUACAAUAGUGAAGACCCAGGGUUUAGAAUCUGGGGAGGAACAGGGAGAAGGUAUAGAGCUGGAUGCAGACCAUCAGAUAAUGAAGGAAAUAGUAACAAAGAACGAAGAAGUUCAGCAACCACUACUGGACAAAGUAGAAAUGGAAACAAGCCAGAAAAAGGCAUUAGAAGGGGAAGAAAAGGAGAGAUGUUUAUAUUGGGAGCCCAAAGAAACUGAGAUUAUGAUAGAACAGAAAAGGGAGGCACCAGAAUUGGAAAAGGGGGAAAAUUGUAAGCAGGGAGAUUUACCUGAGAAAGGAAAGAUAGAAGAAAAUCUGAAGCAGGAAGUAGAGGAAUCUGUGAAAAAUGAGAUAAACUUUACCAGGGAAAAACAGGAACAGCAAAUAAGAGAAGAAUGGUGUGAAAAUAACCAGGAAGAACAGCCUGAGAUAUUGGUAGAUACUUGUGGUCUUAGUGUAGAAAUGAUGGAAGUGGCUGAGACUACAUCAGACCAGUCAAAUCAACUGGGAGAGACCACAAAGAUCCUGGUGUACCCGACCUCUCUUGAUACAGACCUCCUGGCUGGACCCAGAGUUUUCCCACAUGAUGUUGCAACACUGGAUAGCAGUGCCCAGAAGGAACGGGUGUUGCUACGUCGUAAGAGCUCCAUUCGACGAGCACCCAGCUUGAAGAAACCAAAGCCAUCAGCAGAGGUUCCAACAGAAGAAACAAAGAUGGCUGAAGAUGCUCCAGCUUUAUUGGAAGUACCAAAGAGACAAAAUCCAAGAUUGUCUGGGUUUGGCCCUAUGCACCCCAAUAUGAUGGCUGAACUUCAGAUGCGCCUGCAAAAGCCGAAGUGAUUUAAGGUUUCAAGAGCUUUAUCAAGCAAUGAACUUGCAUGUUUUUGGCUCUAUCCUGGAUCAAGGCACCCUAACCAAUAAUUUCAAAAGCAAUGGAGGCACCAUCUCUCUCUAAAAACCAAAUAAAUUAGAUGUCCAUUCUAAAUUAAAUGGUUAGUGAGGAAACAUUGUGUACCAUAUGAAUAGAAAAUCUGAGAAGUAUUGCUAAAAUAUCUCAGCAGAUCUGAUAUUUUUAUCUCUUCACCUGAAAUGGGGAACUUCAGUUUAGCUUUCAUUCUAUUCAUAUCAUACUUUGGAAAAACAAAGUUAUUAGGUGGAAACUACCUAACAAUUUUGGAAGGUUAUCUUUAGAUUCCAUUAUAUGGUUUGGAGUCUAUCCUCACCAUGCAUCAAUUUAAACUCAUUCUAUAUUUUAUAAGAAUUCAGUGAAACUGAAACAUGUCUGAAGAGAUUACUGUAUACAUUGAAUCCAAGAAAUAUGUGCUGAUUAAUCAUAACGACUGAGCUAUUAUGAUAGUAUGUGAGAAAGAGCUUGGAAGUCUAGCCCAAGAGGUACUACCAAGGUAACAGUCAGAUAAGAGACAGCAGAGCCCUCAUCUGGAUAGUAGGCAGGGUAAUAGGCUCAAAAGGGACCCUCCCUAGUUUCUUGGGCUAUAAAGGAAACAGGAGAGAUGUAUUUUCAAAUGUAUAAGAUUCUGUCAAUGUAGCUUUACAAUGAAGUACAAUUAGCUCAUCUGGUUGUGAUUCCUAUCUGAUUUACCCUGCAAAGCCAACAGCUAUAGUUACAGAGGAGAACUGACAGCAGAUGGCAUAUACCGUAUUUAAUCUUUACCCCAUCUGUCAGAGUUUUCCCAUAUUGCCCCUCCCAUCACAGUCUUCUUCUCUACCCAGAUUAGGAUUUAGGCAGAAGAUUGAAAAGAUAACAAAUAUUUGAUUGAUCUGUAUUUUUACUUCCAGGAGAACAUAGAGAUGCUUGUAUCUCCUGGCAAGUUUUCACCCAAAUAACUUGGUCUUGGCCUAAACUUGAAUGUAAUGCACUUUUAUGGAAAAGGCUUCAGUUGCGAUAACUACUUAUUGUGGUUGGUCUUACAAUCAUUUAUUUCUCAAGUGUGAAAAUGCUGUUCUCAGGCCAAUGGCUAUAGGACCACUUUCCUGGACCCAUUUGAAGACAUUUUUACCUUUUCAGACUUGGGAAUGAUGGUUUUAUUUUUACUGUACUUAUUUUAUUCAACUUUAAUUGCUACUUUUAAUUUUUUUUCCCCCACCAUAGUAUUUGUACUUUUAAUUGGUUUAAGAAUAAGAUGAAAUUCUUAAUAUUUAAGCUUAGUUGUUUUGUUAUCUUUUAUUAUAUUAUUGCAACACAGUAAAUGUAAAUACAAUAAUGUAUUAUUAUUGCAAUAAAAUAAAAGGUUGCUAGCUUUGGCAGUCAACUGCCCUUGAACUCUUAAAUAAAUCAGUAAAAUGCA